UAAAGAUGAUGAUAAAUGGGAGGAUUAUCCCCCACGGAGUGAUGCGAAAAUGGAAGUGAAGAUCAAUUGCCACUGGGAGUGAGCGGUGAGAGGAGUUGACAACCUGUUGAUUGAAAACGUGUUUCGGGGGUCAGUUUUGAAUCUCGCUGACGCGAGAGGGAAUUCAAGGUCAAUAACCACGUGGAGUUGAAGUUAAAACUGCGGAAUUGAAAUGUCUGACCAAAAGGUCCUCGUGAUUGGAGGUGGUGGUCGUGAGCACGCCAUCACCUGGAAGUUAUCUGAAUCCCCGAAGGUCUCCAAGAUCUUCGUCUCCCCCGGGAACUGCGGUAUCGCAUCAGUCCCAAAAGUCUCCCUGGUCCCCCUGUCCAUAAAAGACAAUAAAGAGGUCGCCACCUGGUGCGUGGCGAACGCCAUCGACCUGGUGGUGGUGGGGCCCGAGGACCACCUGGCGAACGGUCUAGCCGACGAGCUCAAAAGCCAGAAGAUCCCCUGCUUCGGGCCCCAGAAGUCAGGAGCGAGACUCGAAUCCGACAAGGACUGGUCCAAGGUCUUCAUGGAUCGCCACGGCAUCCCCACCGCCAGGUGGAGGUCCUUCCAGUCCCCCCCGGACGCCAAGAGGUUCAUCCGGGACUCGGAUUUCCCCGCUCUGGUCGUCAAGGCCAGUGGAUUGGCCGCUGGAAAGGGAGUUGUCGUCGCCAAGGACAGGAAGGAAGCUUGCGAGGCGGUCGAGGACAUCCUCGAGGACAAGAGGUUCGGCGCAGCUGGGGAGACUGUCGUCGUGGAGGAGCUCCUCGAGGGGGAGGAGGUGUCAGUCCUCGUGUUCACGGACGGCAAGAGCUUCAGAAUUAUGCCAGCGACGCAGGACCACAAGAGGAUCUUCGAUAAUGACGAGGGGCCCAACACGGGGGGAAUGGGGGCCUAUGGGCCCUGCUUGCUGAUUGGGGAGGAGGAGAUGAAGGAGGUGGAGGAGAGGGUGGUGAAGAGGACUGUCGAGGGGCUCAGGAGCGAUGGGAUUGACUACGUCGGGGUGCUGUAUGCAGGAUUGAUGCUCACACGUCAAGGUCCCAAAGUCCUGGAGUUCAACUGUCGAUUUGGAGACCCAGAGACCCAAAUCCUCAUGACCCUCUUGAACACCGACCUCUUCGAGAUCAUGAAGUCCUGCUGCGAGGGCAGACUCUCAUCCUUGGACAUUGAUUGGCACAAGGGGAGGUUCUCAGCAGGCGUCAUCCUGGCGUCCAGGGGGUACCCAGCAUCAUCCUCCAAGGGUCAAGUAAUUUCUCACGUCGAGGAGGUCCUGCGUGAGCCUGCGACCCACAUCUUCCACUCGGGAACCUCGGAGUCAUCGACUGGCGAGCUUCUGACGAAUGGGGGGAGAGUCCUGAUGACAGUGGCACUGGCUCCGACGUUGGAGCUUGCAGCUGCCAAGGCAACUGUGGCUGCGAGGACGAUAUCCUUCGAGGGAAAGCAGUUCAGAACUGACAUCGCCCACAAGGGCAUCGCCAGGACCAUCCUCAAGGUCGGGAAGAUGUCGUAUAAGGCUUCUGGGGUUGACAUUCAGGCUGGAGAUGAUCUGGUGUCCAGGAUCAAGCCGUUAGUGGCCUCCACCAAUCGCUCGGGGGUUCUGGGCGCAAUUGGAGGGUUUGGGGGACUUUUUGAUACUAAAGCCGCUGGGUUUCAGGAUCCGAUCCUUGUUUCUGGGACUGAUGGGGUUGGGACGAAACUGAAGAUUGCUAUGGAGAUCAACAAGCAUGACACAGUGGGAAUCGACCUGGUGGCGAUGUGUGUCAACGACGUCCUGGCCCACGGGGCCGAGCCCCUCUUCUUCCUCGACUACUUCGCCUGCGGGCACCUCGACGUCUCCCAGGCCACGAGCGUAAUCACCGGAAUAGUGGAGGGCUGCCGGCAAGCGGGCUGUGCCCUCGUGGGUGGGGAGACCGCGGAGAUGCCGGACUUCUACCCCCCAGGGGAGUACGACCUCGCGGGGUUCGCAGUGGGGGCAGUGGAGCGCUCUCAACUCCUCCCGAGGACCUCCGAGAUCCUCCCGGGGGAUGUGGUCAUCGGUCUGCCGUCUUCCGGGGUCCACUCCAACGGAUUCUCUCUGGUGAGAAAAAUCCUGAGGCUCGCGGGGAAGGGCUUUGAGGAUCCGGCGCCCUUCGGCCCCUCUGGAAGGACAAUUGGGGAGGAACUCCUGGUGCCGACGAGGAUUUAUGCCAGAUCCAUCGUCCCAGCGCUCAAAAUGGGAGCUGUCAAGGCGUUUGCUCACAUCACUGGGGGUGGACUCACGGAGAACAUCCCCAGGAUCCUUCCCGAGGGGGUGGGGGUGGUGAUUGAUGCCGACAAGUGGAGGAUUCUCCCGGUUUUUGGGUGGCUGGCGGCCACCGGGGGCAUCUCGGAGGGGGAGAUGCUGAGGACUUUUAAUUGCGGAGUGGGAGGGGUCAUUGUUUGCGGUGCGGAGGACCAGGAGAGGGUCCUGGAGGUGCUCCAGGGGCAGGGGGCGGCGGUGAUUGGGGCGGUCAGGGGGCUUGGGGCGGAGGGGGGGGAGAGGGUCGUUGUGGAGAAUUUUGGGAGGAGUUUGGCGAGGGAGAUGAGGGGACAUGUGCCCGCGGUGGUGAGGCGGCUCGAGGAGCGCGGGAAGAGGGUGGGGGUCCUGAUAUCUGGGAGCGGGACCAAUCUCCAGGCCCUUAUCGACGCCACGGAGGAUCCGCUGCAGCAGGUCGGGGCCAAGAUCGUGGUGGUUGUAGCGAAUAAGGGGGGCGUGGAGGGACUGAGGAGGGCUGAACGCGCUGGGAUCCCUACCAAGGUGAUCAAACACACGGAAUAUCCCAGCAGAGAGGCCUUCGACACCGAAAUGGACUCAGUCCUUCGAGGGUACGGCGUGGAGAUAGUCUGUCUCGCCGGAUUCAUGAGGAUAUUGUCAGAGAAAUUCGUUAAGAGUUGGAAGGGAGCUCUCCUCAACGUUCACCCAGCACUUCUCCCCUCUUUCAAGGGUGCCCAUGCCCACAAGGAUGCCCUCGCGAUGGGAGUGAGGGUCUCCGGGUGCACAGUCCACUUCGUCGAGGUGGAGAUCGAUUCUGGGGCUAUCAUCGAGCAGGAAGCUGUUCCAGUACUCCCAGGGGACACUGUGGAGACCCUCCAAGAGAGGGUCAAGGUCGCUGAACACAAAUGCUUCCCCAGGGCUCUCAAAUACCUUGCCACUGGGAGAAUCCAUCUCAAAGAUGAUGGAACUCUACACUGGAACUACUGAAAAAUUCUAUUUCUAAUUCUAUUCAAUUUUUUUUACGAUAUUAAGACUUUUUUGUAUUCUAAUGGUCCUUAGAAUAAAUAUUUUCAGGUUUAUUGCCAAUGAGAA